AUGGCGGCUUCGCGGUUACAGAUGGAAGGAGACGAUGAAUGUGGAAGAAAUGUGGGACGUCUGUUAAUGCUAUAUAUGGCUUUAGAGCUCUAUGAUGAAAGUGGCUCCAAGGUUGCAGCUCUUAGUGAUGAUUCAAGACCUCUCGUGGAUCUUGAUCCCUCCUCGGUCACAACUGGAGGCUGGCUUGAAGAUACCUCAUUGGUUGAGACGUAUAACAUCUCAGAUAAGGAUACUAUGCUAAACGAACUGAUGAAUGAAGACUUCAUGGAAGAUCUUUGUGCAAAUAUCAAGUUUGGUGAUUAUCCUGAAAGAGACCCUUUCGAGGAAGAUGAAAUAUAA